AUGCCCUCCGCACCAACAGACCAGAAGUGGUGGAAAAACUCCAUCAUCUACCAGAUCUACCCAGCCAGCUUCAAAGACUCCAACGGCGAUGGCAUCGGCGACCUGCCCGGCAUCCUCUCGGAGCUGGACUACAUCGCAGCCCUAGGCGUCGACGCCAUCUGGAUCUGCCCCAUGUACGACAGCCCGCAGUACGACAUGGGCUACGACGUUGCCGACUACCAGAAGGUGUACCCGCCCUACGGGACAGUUGAAGACAUGCAGGCUCUCAUCGAUGCGUGCCACGCGCGCGGGAUGCGUAUUAUCCUCGAUCUCGUGGUGAACCACACCUCGCACGAGCACCAGUGGUUCAAGGAGUCGCGGGCGUCAAAGACAAGCCCCAAGCGAGACUGGUAUGUGUGGCGGCCGGCGAAGUACGAUGCAAAUGGGAAGCGAAGCCCGCCGAAUAACUGGCGGAGUAUCUUUGGGGGUCCGGCGUGGGAGUGGGACGAGACCACGCAGGAGUAUUACCUGCAUUUAUUCUGCGUCGAGCAGCCCGAUCUGAACUGGGAGAAUGAGCAGGUCAGACAGACCGUCUAUACGGAUGUCAUGGAGUUCUGGCUCGAGAAGGGCGUUGAUGGGUUCCGUGUUGAUACGGUGAAUAUGUAUAGCAAGGACCCUGCGUACCCGGAUGCGCCGGUUCUGGCUCCGGAGGCGGAUACCCAGGUUGCGUUCGGGCUGUUCUGCAAUGGGCCUCGCAUUCAUGAGUAUUUGAAGGAGAUGAAUGAGGUGCUGGAGAAAUACGAUGCCAUGACGGUUGGUGAGCUGGCGCAGACACCUACGAUGGAGGGCGUCCUUCGAUACGUCUCUGCAGCGCAGAAACAACUCAACAUGGUCUUCUCGUUUGACGUCGUGGAUCUGGGUAUGGGGAAAGACUACAAGUUUUCCACAGGAAAACGCAACUGGGCACUGCCUGAGCUGAAGACCGCAAUUCAGCGGACGCAGAAUAUCCUCAAUGGAACCGAUGGCUGGACCACGGUGUUCAUGGAGAACCACGACCAGGGCCGAUCAGUCUCGCGAUUUGGAUCUGACAGCACCCCAGAGCUGCGCGAGGCAUCGGCCAAGAUGCUGGCUGUCUUCCAGUGCACUCUGUCAGGCACGCAGUUUGUAUAUCAGGGACAGGAGAUUGGCAUGGUGAAUGCGCCAGAGGAAUGGGGCGUCGAGGAGUACAAGGAUAUCGACAGUACGAACUACUACCACAUGGUAAGGGAGAUGACCAACGGGGAUCCCAGUAAACUGAAAGAAGCCCUACUUGCCAUGCAGCAUCUGGCGAGAGACCAUUCUCGCCUGCCGAUGCAGUGGAGUGCGGAGCCCAAUGCGGGUUUCUCUGCUGCGUCUGCGAAGCCGUGGAUGAGAGCUCAUGAUAACCACACGGAAGUCAAUGUGCAGACACAGGAGGGUAAUUCUUCCUCUGUUCUGGCAUUCUGGAAGACGAUGAUGCGUCUGCGAAAGGAGUAUGCGGAUGUGCUUGUAUUCGGGACCUUUGAGCUGCUGGAUGAGCAGAACGGGCAAGUUUUCAGCUACAUCAAGAAAUCAGCAGAGAGAUCAGUCCUGGUGACCUUGAACUUUUCUGACACCCCACAGAAGAUUGCGCAGGGCAGGGAUCUGAAGCUGCUGGUCAGCAGUGCCGGGGAGAGCGCGGAUCUGCAGGCGUGGGAGGGGAGAAUAUAUGAACUGGCACACUAA